AUGGAUAGAAUCAAUAGAUUCCCCGAAGGUUUAUCGGAUAAGCCGCAGGCGCCAACGGCUAUUGAUCUUCAAAUAGGACUUCAGAGGGGCUCCACCGCUGCACUAGAAGUGACCCCUGAACGUUUGCAAGCAACAAAGCAAAUGCCAUCCCCGAGUACAGCUCAGAGGAUUGAGGAGCUGACGAAAGAGAAUGGUCAAUUGCGAUUGGAAAUACGUUAUUACCAACGAAUGAGAGAUGCAAUGCAAGCACUUUUUGAUGAUACAACAUUCAUCUCAGAACGAGUGGAUAAGACGAUUAAAGGAUUUAUCAAAGUUCAGAGGGAUGCCGAGAAUGAUUGGUGCAAUGCACAGGGAGAAUUUGAUUAG